CUGUUCAGCAAAUCCUCUCAUGCUGAUAUCCAUGAGCUGUUUUUCCUUUCUCCUGGAUUUGUGCAGCUUGGUGAAAUUGCCAUUCGAGCCAAGUGUGGAAUGGCACUCAAGGUUACAUCUGGUAUUGUUGGUCAUGGUAGUGAGAAGGCAGAUAGAGAGUCAGUUAAAUGUACUUGAAAAGGAGUGAAAUAGUGAAUUCAGUAGCCAGGCAGGUGCAAGCAGAGAGAGAAGAGGCUCAGAGCUGGAAAAUAUCAGUACAUCUUAGCCAAGUCUUUGUGCUUGCUGAUCCACUGGGGGCGAUAGGCAGAGUGGCACCUUUGCUCAAACUGGUUUCACUUGACUGGGUUUUGUUGUACUGCCUCAGUGAAGUUGUUGGUAUUUGAAAGCCAAAGGUUAUUUUGUGCUUUAGAUCAGAGAUAAAUAGAAGUUAAAAGCAAAGCCUGAGUCUGAAAGCUUCAAACUUUGCUUUUCAAUUGCUUUGUUUAUGCCCUCUGCCAAAAGCUUUCGGUAUUGUAGUGGAGUAGGAGAAAACACCUGGAUGCUUGGGAAUAGUGGCUUUAGUCUGCUGAGGUCAAUUGUUGCUGCAGUGAUGGAUGUUUGCUGCCUUUUUUAAGGAGGGCUGGCCACGUGUGAGAGCAUUUCAGCUGUAAAACUCUGCUGUGGAAGAGCUCUGGAAGCAUCAGCAGUGAGGUGUGUGUUGAGGAAUGUGCAGUACCUGCUCGCAGUGAAUAGUUUGGCAGUGUGUCCCUUGUAGCUGUGAUGGAGAUCAGCAAAUUGCCUGUUCAUGUGUAACAGGCUACUGAAAACUUUCUUUCCUUAACAGAGUGCCCGAGACCUGAUUUAAAUUCCAGAAGGCUUUGGUUUUUGACUUGGAGAGCCUGUUUUCUUGUCACACCUUUUGCACUGUGCCUGCAGGUUGGCAGAGCUACCCCCUUGUGCCCAGGGAUGAGCAAUGGGAGUGACAGCCCAAAAUUUGGUGCUGUUGACCAAGUGCUCAUUGUUUCCUGGCCUGCCUGGGGUAUGGCAGAAGACAUUUGGGUACUUCUGCUUUUGCCCAAGACCUGCUCUUGCAUUUUGUGCCUUGAAAUGUAACAAAGACUGGUUCCACAGCAGACAUGAGGGUCUGUUUCCCUGCUCCUACAGAUGAUGGUUUUUUUCUAUGAAUUUAAGAAUGGUAGUUGUACCAUAACUUCUGUCGAAAUACAAGUCUGCCACAGUUCGAAAAACCCUGUUGAAAUCAAGUACUUCCCUCAGUGUCCUUUGGGGUGCAGAAAGUUUUUGAAACUUUUGAUAAGAUGUCCGAAGUGUGUGAGGUAUUUUACUGUUUAGUAACUUACCUCCCCUUACACUUACUCUUCCAGUAUUUUAAGACUGGGGAAGAGACGCAAUAAAGCUUUGGUAAUGUAGUUUAUUUGUUAUAUCCAGGGGGCAGGCAUGGAUUCCUUGAUGCUGCACCACAAAUGCAGACACGAAAGCUUCAGGAAGGUGAGGGUGUUGAGGUAAACAGCAGUGGGAACUCUGGCAGAAAUCUGUUACAAGUUCUCUCUUGAACGUGUGGGGACAGGCUGUUUCCUGGCUGGCAGGAAUUGGAUGGGUAAUUUCAGGAAUGGAAAGCAAAUAUUUAUUCCUGGUUAUCUGUGCCAGUGUUCAGCUGGAGUGGCUGGAUCUUGCAGCAUUAUAUGGAACUAUUGCCAUCCCAUGUCCAGUACUGAUACUAAAAAUUAGACAGCCAACAACCACAGCUUUUUGUGAAGUUCACUGUUAGGGCCUGUCACUGCUGAGCUGUGACAUGGGUAGAUUUUCAUGCUGCUUUGAUCUAAAGGAAGUAUUUUCAAUCAUAUAAGUGUUAGUUGUGUAUUGAAUAUUCCACUUCAUUCAGGAGAAAUGCUCAUGCAUGUCAAAUAUAAAUAUAAGUUUUGAUGGAGUCAAAAUUUCUAUUCCAAAAUCAGAUAAAAAAGGCUAAAUGAUGUAUUCAUUUUGAAAAUCUCAUGGUGUGUAUUUGAGACAUCUGGAGAAGCUGGAUUUAGAAAACAGUCAAGCUUCUGUUUCAUUUUAGAUCAACACCAGCUGCAUUAUCUGAUGGAUGUUAGCAGGUUCUUAUUUAUCAGUCAAGCUUGUAUAAUGAAAUAAUCCUGUUUGUAAAGUACAGUACCUGCCAGACUGUUAUUAAAAGCUCUCUCUGGGCCAGCAGCACAAUGGAGAGCAUUGCUGCAUGUGAGACUUGUUUCCAGCAUCUUUUGGGAAGAUACUGAAGGGCUGUCUCUUGGCAGGAUAAGAUUUAUGUCCUUUUUGCAGAUGCUUUCACACAGAGUGAUGUUGACUUAAAAAGACAAGAUAGAAGUUUUCACAGUUAAAUAAAACUAGCAUUUUUAAUUUGUGUUCUUUAAACUGCCAAGUGACAAGAUUGCCUUUUUUAAAUACAGGAGUUUAAAAACUACCCCAAGGCACGCAGAGUAAAUUUAAUUCCACCUCUUCUGUGAGAAAUAACCUGUUUUACAUGAAGCUUUAUUGAUAUGAAACCUCUGGGGGUGGCAGGGGAUGUCUCUGUCUGCAGCCAGUAGGGAAGUAAGCAUUCCUGAGAGCCAGAGAACAGGCAUUGCCAGUCCCUGGGUCACACAGCAGGGGUGGCAGAUGAACCAAAGGAGUGGAGAACCUUGGGCAAGUUCCUAGGGAUGGUUCUGUGCUCAGCAUCUUGGACUCUGCCCAGGAGGGAAUGUGUUCCUGUGCUUUGCAAUGGAUGGGGGAGCGUGGUGGCAUCUGUGGAGCCCUGUGACCAGGAGAGUGUCCCCAGACUCACUGCUUUCAUGGUGGCAUCUGUGGAGCCCUGUGAUCAGGAGAGUGUCCCCAGACUCCCACUGCUUUUGCUGCCAGAAUUCCUGCCCUGUUACGCCCCUUGGUGCCCGGCCUGUCGGCAGCUGGAGGCCACCUGGGAGAGCUUUGCCAAGGAGAGCGAGCGGCUCGGCAUCACCGUCGGCAAGGUGGAUGUCACUCAGGAGCCAGGCUUGAGUGGUCGUUUCUUUGUCACAACACUUCCUACAAUUUACCAUGCCAACGAUGGAGUGUUUCGCAGAUACCGUGGCUCCCGGACCCUGGAAGAUCUCCAAGGCUACAUCUUGGAGAAGAAAUGGGAAGCUGUGGAGCCUGUAGCAGGAUGGAAGUCUCCAUCUUCUAUAGUGAUGCAUGGCAUGGCAGGGCUGUUUCACUUCUCGGGGUGGAUCAGGCAAAUUCAUAACUACCUCACUGGCACUCUUGGAGUUCAUGUUUGGGUUUCCUAUGCCAUCUUCAUCUUAGCUACCUUACUGAUUGGCCUGCUCCUGGGUUUGGUCCUGGUUUUGAUUUCAGACUGCCUCUGCCCAGCCAAGUCAAAACACUUGGCUGAAACACCUGAAGCGAUCAGCAAGGAGAACGCGGAGAACGCGGCGCUGGAGCAGCCAGACGAGGCCGCGCGGCUCUCUGCGGAUGAGGCCGCCGACGUCCAAGAUCUCUCCGAUGGAGAAGAUGCAGCAAACUCGAGUGCUGAUGAGUCAGAGGAGGAUUUAGCACUUGGAAAAGAAUCAGGGGGAGAAGAAACGGAAGACUUAAGCGAGCAGCCGUUAGCUGAACCAGAGACUGAAAGCACAGUGAGGCAGCGCAAGAGUCAGGGCGCUGAGAAGGAACUAUAGCUUCCCCUGUGGUGUCUCUUGCACACCUGGACCAAAGAAGUGUCAGACCCCUCCAGGGUCUGAAGCUGGAGCUUACACUUGAUUUGUCGUUGGUGUUUACGCAAAGCUCUGCUCUGCCAGCAGGCUCCUCUUUUUUUAAGCUUAGUACUUGCUUACUUUCUUUGAUAAGCACAUUUGCUGUGUGUUGUGUGACCUUAGCUGUGACAAUCAGAAUCAGUGUCUUAUCUGUUCCAUGUCCUCAGAGAAAAAGGGGGUGUCAGCCUCAGUUCACCAGCUCUGAAAUGAUCAUUGUGUGUGUGUCCCUCUAAGGACUGACCUGGGCAAAUCAGGACUUUUAACUCCAUGGUAGCUUGGCAGGAUUGUGACUUUUCUGUCUGAAUGUUGAUUGUUCCCAAAUGCCACAGAAGCACAGAGACAAUUCACUAGUGAAAGGAGGCACUUUACUGGUCUUCUAUCAGAAAUGUUGUGUACCAUGGGUUUGUUUUUAUCACUUUCAGCUGAAGCACCUUUCUAUUUGGUUUUGUUUUGGAAGUUGAUCCUGCAGCUCACCCCCAGACGUGUUAGUUUUUGGUGAUCCAGAGGCUGUGCAGCUUGAGUUGUUUGACCCAAGGAGUUGGAGUAAUUAAAAACCUCAGGCAGAAAGAGAGUGGCAGCUAAAUGUUUAAAAUGUGCUGGAACUUUUAGAAGGUUUAAAGGAAGUUAUUUUGGUUGGCGGAAAAUUUUGCCAAAGCACAACUACUUUUUUGUUGUUUUGGUAAUUUAUUCCCAUCAGGAGAUUGCAGCAGGAAAUACUCACUUUGGAGUCAAUAAGUUGUGUUUAUCAUGCCAGUACAAGUUUGUCAUGUGCAGUGCAGUCCUGCCAUUUCCAGCUGGGAAUGCUUUUGGCAGAGCUCAGGCUGCUUUAGUGAUGCCAUCUGAAGAGGCACUUAGGGUUUUACCUUUGAUCACUUCUCUACUUUUGCAAUCAUCACGUUGGGGAAAUAGAGGGGGCACAGGUGGGCAGGGGUGAGGAGCUUUGGGUUUUGCUGCUUCUAUCAGAAAAAUGUGCACGUGUUGAACUGUGUCAAGUGAACAUGGCUUGUCAGGUAGACAGCAUUAGGUGGGUAGACUUAGGUCAUUAAACAUAUCAGUGUAUCACUCCUUUGGGUUAAUAUGUAAGUCUUAUUGGUGAGGAGUACCCUCCAUGAGAUUCUGUAUGUUCCUGCUUUGUUGAUGUAUGACUAUGAACGCAAGAUGUGUCCUAAUCUUGAUAUUAUUUUAAAAAAUAUAUAUAUGUUGCAUAAACCUUGCUAACAUGCAUGAAUUUCAUCUUGUUCUUCAAGAACGAAGAGUAGUCAGAGAUGAGAUCAUCUCUUAUUAGAAGCUGCAAAUGCAAAAUGCUGGUUUCCUUUGAGACUGAGAUUAAUAGGGCCAAUUUGUGUUGAAAGCUGUUUUGUUGUUGUUUUUUAAUGCUUACAAAGAACGUAAUUGCCAAGAAAGCUCAACUUUCCCAUCUAUGUCCUGUUCCAUAUGUUUUCAAACUAUAUGGUAGAAACUCUGCACUUGUCUGCUAGAGCUGCUCAAAGAAGAAAAUGACGCUGCAUAUCCUGAAUUUGAAAUUUCUUAAGGAGUACUCCCAGUCUGGAGUUUGAUUUCCAUAUAGUGGACACCUGUAAAUGUGCUUUUAUGUGGAUGUAAACACAGACUUGAUGAUAUCUACACAUUGCACUAUCUUGAGAAGAGCUUGUGGUGUUUGGGUGUUGUCCCAUGUAAGUGAGAGGUGUAAAGCUGACCCAGCAGUAGGUGAGGCACACAGCAGCCUGUUGAAAGCUACACUUCUGUCUGCAGAAACCAAGAAAACUUUGUGGCCACUCCAGUCUGAAGAGAAGAACUGUGCACUUUGAAGACAAAAAGGUGUUCUCCCAAGAGCUGGGUUCCCCUGUGGAUUUCACAAGCAAGCAAACAAACCCACAAAUGGCACUUUGUCCUAAAAGGCACGUGGUCUGUGAGAUGCUGUGGGAGAGAUCAGAAGCCCCUUUGUGUGGUGUGUCUGAAUUCUCUGCUCACGUUUCCUCUGUCAUUGGGUUUGGAUUAUUAAAACCAAAGAUAGGAAGUGUUUUCCAUCAUGGCAGACCGAGCUGCAAGAUCACUGAUGGGCAGGGAUUAAGUAAGCAGGCAGCAGGUGACAGCAGCUUAGGUCUGUCUGGUGAAUCUAGAAAUGAGCUUGGUCAGGCUUCUGAGGGCUCUUGAACAAAGGAUGGAUGUUCUUCCUGUGCUUUGAUGAGUAAAGUAGGGAAUAUUCGUGCUGACUGGGUUUGACCCUAUUUGAUGUGCAUUGGUGUAUCUUAUUACAAAGAUCACCCAACUGUGGCUAAGGCUUUGCUUAGAAAAGGUGAUACUGUGCAACCAUGGAUCUCUCCAACAUUUGUGGGGAAAUGACUGUAGUGUGAUACUGGAGAUAGUCAGUUUUGACUAAUAUUUAUCUGGGAAACAGCAGGCAGCAAACACUGUAAAGGCUAAAUUGGUCUUUAACAGAAAAACUAUUAGCUGUGCAGUAGGAGUGUCAUGUUAAUAUACCUUCCAGGAUCAGGUAUUUUUCCACCAGAACACAUUUUAAUUGAAUCAUGUGAAUAGUGCUAAUUAGACCAUGACAAUAGUUGGUGUGUUUCCAAAAAGUCAGGAUCAACCUUUUGUGCAAUCUGGGUGUACUGUUAUCUCUGUUCUGUUAGCAUUAAUCAUGAAGAAAUGGAACUUGUUCUUUCAACCUCAGUUUAGACAAAAGGGCCUUGGAGAAGCUGCUGUUGGCACUGUUCUAAAUGUUUUGAUGAAGGACAGGGCCUUAAGGCUUGUGAACUAGAGUUGUGUGUCAAAAUUAAUUUAAAGUUGUUGAGAAGCAAUUUAAAUAUCAAUUUGGCUUCAUGCCACUGGAAUGGGAAUGCUUAACAGCAAGUCAUGGAAAAAAUCUGGCAGGUUCCUUUUUCAAGAGGCUGGAAAUCCAUCCAGCAUUCCAAACCUCCUGUCCUUGGGAUCUGUGUGAAACUUUUGUGUGUGUCUUGGAAUGCUCUGUAUCUACUGCCCCUGUGGGAGUGGGACGUGUUAUGUGGGUUUUCUUCUUGGAAAUGUUACACAGGGUUGUCUGUUACAUGAAAGUGUUGCAAAUUUAUACUUAGGUGUAUUUUUACUGAAAUGCCACAUAAAAUUUUGUAUUUAUGA